AUGACUACUCAACCGAGCGUUUCGGUGCCUGGUCUUCCGGGGUAUCAAGUGGCACCCCGACGCCAGAAGCGGGUCCAGGUGGCUAGGGCAUGCGAUGAAUGCCGACUCCGACGCAGGAAAUGCGAUAACAAAGUUCCUUGUUCAAACUGUACGGCAAAGGCACGAAUAUGCAGUAACAGUGGAGCGCCCAAAGCAUCAACGCUUACUCAAGCCUCCGAGGAGAUUGAGUGGCUCAAGCAGAGAGUCCAGCAGCUAGAAGCAGAGCUCGAACAGCGGUCCAACGAGGGCAAUAAUCUUCCCACGCCAACAGGGUCUUCAUCAUCGCCACCUCAGGUCUUUUCAUCUGCAAGGAACUUUGAAAUUGCCGACUCGGGCGAUUUGAAAAAAUACUGGGGCGGCAUACAGCUUCGCCCUGCGAGAUCAUCCAAUGAUACAUGGCUUGGCCCGUCAUCACUGCAUUCUUUCAUCCAGCGUCUCAGCGCGUUUCUGAGUCUCAACCUUCGACAGACACAUUCUGCAAAUAAAUUAUUUCCCAUCUCAGCGAGCGACAACAAAUUGCUGGACAGACCAGCAGGUCCCGACAUAGACCCAGUCCGUCGGCUGGUCUCAACGGGGAAACUCUCCACUGCUGGUGUCUAUCUAAACCCGAUACAAGAGGAAUAUUUUAUCAACUUUUUCUGGCAAACAUAUCACACCUCAUUAUUCCCCAUAUUGGAUGAAACCCAGUUCAAGAAGCAUUACCAGUCUCUAUGGGUGUCUGGUGGCAAAGAACGAAAGCCAUCAGCCCUCGUCGAUGUCAUCAUUGCCAUGUGCAUGCAAUAUGGCAUUUCAGCCCUACCCUCAGACACCCAGGGACUCCUCGUAGAAGGUAAAGAUGCCUUGGUCGCCGGCCGAUGGCACUUUUGGCGUGGGCAGACACUGCUCACAUACGAGCUUGAAAGUCCCUCGCUAUCAACACUGCAAUGCCAUCUACUCUGUUCAGUCUAUCUGUGCGGUGGGUCUUUCCACAAUAUGCUGGACAAUUCCAUCGGUCAAGCUGUGCGCACCGCUUACGCUCUGGGCCUUCAUUUGGACCCCUCGCCGAGCAUGCCUGAGCAAGACCGCGAGAUGCGGAGACGCUUAUGGUGGGCGGUCUAUCUUAUGGAUAGUAAAGCCGGAAUGAAGCUCGGUCGCCCCUUCAUGCUGCGUGAUUCUCAUGUUAUGCCGUACCUACCAAGCGACAGCUUCGAGGCUGCAAGGAUGUCGGGGUCCGCUUUUGCACCCAUUGGCGACAAUUCUACUUGGCUGAGUUUCAACCUCCACCAGACUGAGCUAUAUAUCAAAGCACGAGCUGCCUACACGAGCUUCUAUGACCAGGAACUUCACUUGCAGGAUGGUCAGGCGAUAUGGGAUGAUUCUCAUGCCCUCCAAGCCAGCGCAGAAGUUUUGUUCCCGCAUAUUCAGAUCCUCCAAGAAUGGACCGACAGCCUACCAGAGGCUCUAAAGUUGAAGCGUCAAAACAAUGGCAAUCCUCUUUCCACGGAUGGCACACGCCUGUUAAUUGAGCAGUUUGCUCCACUCUGGCUCCAACGGCAGCGUGUUCUCCUCGAACACUCAUAUCACCACCUCAGCAUCAACCUAUACCGACCGCUGAUCUCCUUCUCUUCCAAGCCGUCUCCAGGAUCUCGAGCGGAGGAGAUCGCUAUGCGCUGUGCUUCCCAUGCUAUCAUGCUAUCGAAGAUUACGCAACAGGUCCUUGCAGAUACUUCCAUCCUCGAUGGGUGGCAUGAGGCUUUCCACUGCCAAUGGAAUGCAGCUAUGACACUCAUUGGCUUUCUCAUGGUGUAUCCGGAUGCAACAUUGACCAUCGAAGCCAGAAACGCGAUCGACCUAGCAGUCGCUGUAUUUGAUAACUUCGGUGCCAAGUUUGCUGUUGCGGCGAAUGCAGCCAAGAUUAUGCGAGAUCUAUGCACCAAGGUUGAUUUUCUGGCAAAGCAUAACCAGUCCCAGCGUGAUUCAUUGAAUGGCCUCCAAACUAUCUCUAUGGAUGGUUCUAUCCCGCAAGAUCUUUCUUUUGUCUCUUCCCCAAGUUCAACACUAAGAGAUUGGAGCUCAUACGCGAAUGAGCCAACUGCACCAGAUUUGAGCUUGUUCGACAUGGCUGUUGAUGUUGAUUUCUGGAAUAAUCUUGAUGCGCUAUGGCCGGGAGCUGACAAUUUGUCUCAAUACCAAUCGGAGAUCUGA